CUUCUUCCUACACUACACACGGAUGCCCCCAUGCCAACACUCGAGGAGGCGCUCCGGCGGAUCCAUCUUGAGCUCCAUCGCGACGCCGACCGGCACAACCUCACCGAUCCACACAGCCUCGGUCCGGCGGCCGUCAGCUGCGUCGCAGCCGACGGCGAGGGCAGUGUCGCCGAGGUUCUCUCGCUGUCGGUCGGUGGCUGGCCCGGCGGCAUCGAGACGGGCAUUGCGAUCCGGUCUCUCUCAAAGAUGAUCAUCAGCGCCGCCUUCCUCGCGCUGGUGGAGCGGGGCAGCACGCCGCUCACCAUGGCCAGCACCCUGUCUCAGUUCGUGCCGGAGUGUGCCGGCUCAUCGCUGGCGCACGCGAACGCCAGCAGCCUUCUCUCGAUGCGAUCCGCGCUCGACAACCGUCUCAACGCCGCCUGGCAGUCCGUGGCCGGCAUGGACGACCACGCCGCCUUCCCUCCUGUCUGCGACAGCCUCGGCCUCUCGCCGUAUGAGUGCGCUGCCACCGUCGUCUGCCCAGCCUACCCCGCCGUCGCGGAGGCCGCGCCGGUCCUUCCCGCGCAGCUGCGGGGCGCGCUCGACGCCGAGGGGUCCACCUGCAAGGACACGCACCAGUCGUGCGCCAGGUGGGCCUUGGCUGGUGAGUGCCGUGCGAACCCGUCCUACAUGCUGCCCGCGUGCGGCGCCGCGUGCGGCGCCUGCAGGCGCGGCUCGCAGCACACCGCCGCGUCGCUCGGCGAUCGGGCUUGGUGGCAGCGCGCGGACGACUCAUCGCCGCGCCUCGGCCCGACGCACCGCUGCCGGUACGACAACUUCGGGCCGUCGUUAGUCGACGCGAUGGUCGAGUCAGCGACGGGGCGGCCGCUGUGGCAGCACUCGCUCGAUCUCGUCGCGGCGCCGCUCGGCCUAGCGGCGAUGACGCGCUGCAUGGCCACAGAGGCCGGAGGCGGCCGGGGGAGAGGGGCAUCGGAGACCACCGUGUCGUGGGCAGCGUCGAACGGCCUGUUUGGCUCUGCAAAGGACCUCUCCCUCUUCGUCGCACUCCUCGCCAACGGCGGCGUGCAGCGCGGCAAGCGCGUGCUGGGCGCCGCGGCGGUGCGUGAGAUGGCGUCAGACCUGAACGACGACGGCCUCGAGUGCCAGGGCACAGACACGCUCGGCCUUGGGGGCAAGUGCGUGGCCGAGGAGUGGUGGGGCUGGGGCAGCACCUACGGCGCGCGCGUCCUUCUGCUGCCGCAGCGGCCUGCCAGUCUAGAAGAUGCAGGCCAGGCCCAGGCGCCAGAGCUGCCCAGCGGAGAGCGCGAGCGGCUCGGCGGCCGCCAGCACGAGUACGCGCACACGCAGGCGCUCGCUCUCCGAGCUUUGGCGGGCGCCACCGCCGAGGCCGCGGCGGGAGCGGAGUGGGCGUGCGUAGCGGGUGCGACCAUCUCGGCGGACGCGGUCGAGAGGGCGCUCGCAGCGGUGCGCGAGCGGCGGCCGGGAGCUAAGCGGUAA